AUGUACAGCACCCAGCCGCCGUCGGAGCUCAACCAACCUCCUGCCUCGCGAGUCGAGAAGGCCGACCUGAAGCUCCCCACGGCCCGGAAGGAGUCCGUGGGCUUGUCGAGCCAGAACCCCUUCAUGUCCACGCUCGUCGGGGGCCGCCUGCCCGUGCACGAGCUCGGCGCCGGCCACCCCCACUAUCUCCAUGAGGAUGACGAGUGGAGCUGCGGCCCAACCAGGGCGCCUGCCGGCAAGCGGCGGCGCCGGGGUGGCUUCAGCCUGGAGGGUGGUGCCAUGGUUUUGGCGGACGGCGGCAUCGUAUGCAUCGACGAGUUCGACAAAAUGGAUGAGAAGGAUCGAGUGGCGAUCCACGAGGCGAUGGAGCAGCAGACGAUCUCCAUCGCGAAGGCGGGCAUAACCACGAUGCUGAACACGCAGUGCAGCGUGCUCGCCGCCGCCAACCCGCGCUUCGGCACGUACGACGACCUCCAGAGCACUGCGGACCAGAUGGACUUCGAGACUACCAUCCUCUCCCGCUUCGACAUGAUCUUCCUCGUCAGGGACGUGCGCGACCCGGACCGCGAUUUCGAGCUGGCCCGGCACAUGACCAGCUUGCACAUGGAGCUCCAGGUUUUCGAGGACCAGCGGCUGAAGUUCAUCAAGAUGAUGAUCAAGGAGUUCCGGGCCCCGUCGGACUUCCUCCUCGAGACCGCGCCCGAGGGGGAGGAGGGCAUGGGCGCGCAGAGCGAGGUCGGCGAGGGGGAAGUCCAGGAGGAGCGCGAGGGGCCGCUGUCGGUGCCGGAGCUCCGCAAGUACCUCUCCUACUGCAGGAGCCGCUGCAGCCCCAGGCUCGGCCCCGAUUCCGCGGAG